AUUGUAUGAUCAAAACACGAGUCAGACAAUCAUCAUGGUCAAUUGGUCACAUUUAGUUUAGACUAAAAUAUCUAAUUUGUAAUGUUGGUGUAUAAUAAUUUUUUCGAUAAUGUUAGGCCAAAGUAAGGCAAGGGUUUUUUAUGGAGCUCUACGUUCAAUAAGUACGACGCCUAGUUUUGCAGCCAGUCAUUACGAUGUAUUGGGAGUUACACCGGCAUCUACUCAAAGCGAUAUAAAGUCUGCAUAUUAUAAAUUAUCGAAGCUUUACCAUCCAGAUACGUCCAAGGAUGAAGAAUCAGCUAAAAAAUUUAGAGCUAUCACUGAAGCAUAUAAAGUAUUAGGAAAUAUAAAACUUAAAAAAAUGUAUGAUAAAGGUCUUCUUGUUGGUACAGAGAAUACUUCUCGUAUGGACUAUAAACCAGAACCUGAACCUACAGAUCCAACCGUCAGGUUCUAUAAGUCACGUCAAGCACGAAAUGUUGUACCGAAUAUGGAAGGCAAAACACCCAUUUAUGACUUUGACACUUGGUCAAAAAAUCACUAUGGAGAUUUAUUAAAGAAAAAACAGUAUGAACAAAAUUUCAUUAGAGUUCAACAGCAAAAACAAAUACAUAUAGAUAAUGAUAUAAGUCAGGAAAGAAUAAUGUAUGUAAUGCUUUCAAUACUCAUACUAUUUAUUGGCUUAAUAGCAUAUGGUCAAAAUGAUUAUGACUCGGAUACUACUGAAAAACAAAAGAAAGCUGAAAAGGAAUCAACAAGCAAUGUAUAGUUGGACGAAGCUUCUAAUAGGUAGUUAAAUUACAAUAGAAAUAUAUUUUAUUGUUUCACAUAAUACUAUGUUAACAUAAAUUAAUAAUAUCUAAUAUCGAAAUAUGUGAAACAUAUAUUAAAAUGUAUAUAUUGUACAUACCUCAUUACUGGAUAAUUGUAGAUAAAUUAUUUUUUGUUUUAAUAAAUUAAUAGAAUA